AUGUUUCACUCCCUCGUUUUAACAUUCCUCCUCCCGAUUUCCCCCCCUCUCUCUCUCUCUUUCCGGGCAUUCAACAAUUAUCUUUGCUUUGGACUUGAUAAAACUAAUAUCUAUUUACUAUCACCCCUUGUUUCGCUCUCACUCCUUCCCCCAUUUCGUUCCGUUCUCUUUCCUUUUCCCGGACCGCUCCUUUCUCUAUCUACGUCCCCACACCAACGUUCCGUUUUCUCUCUCUUUCGACCCACCUUCGUUCCGUUUUCUCUCUCUUCUCCCCCUUCGUUCCGUUUUCUCUCUCUUCUCCCCCUUCGUUCCGUUUUCUUUCCUCUUUCGCCUCCCUUCGUUCAGUUUUCUCUCCCCUUUCGUUCGCUUUGUUCAGUUUUCUCCCCCCUUUCGUUCGCUUUGUUCAGUUUUCUCUCCCUUUCGCCUCCCUUCGUUCAGUUUUCUCCCCCUUUUUCGUUCGCUUUGUUCAGUUUUCUCCCCCCUUUCGUUCGCUUUGUUCAGUUUUCUCUCCCCUUUCGUUCCUUUGUUCAGUUUUUCUCCCUUUCGUUCCUUUGUUCAGUUUUCUCUCCCUUUCGUUCGCUUUGUUCAGUUUUUUCUCUCCCUUUUUCGUUCCUUUGUUCAGUUUCUCUCCCCUUUCGUUCGCUUUGUUCAGUUUUCUCUCCCCUUUCGUUCGCUUUGUUCAGUUUUCUCUCCCCUUUCGUUCGCUUUGUUCAGUUUUCUCUCCCCUUUCGUUCGCUUUGUUCAGUUUUCUCUCCCCUUUCGUUCGCUUUGUUCAGUUUUCUCUCUUUUAUUCUCCUUCCAUUCCGUUUCUCUCGCCUUUUCCCAAUGAUCAUUUUUCAUUUUUCUCUCCAUCUUUCUUUCUUUCCACUCUUUCUUUCUUUUCUCUUUUUCUUUCUUUCUUUCCACUCUUUCUUUCUUUUCUCUUUUUCUUUCUUUCUUUCCACUCUUUCUUUCUUUUCUCUUUUUCUUUCUUUCUUUCCACUCUUUCUUUCUUUUCUCUUUCUUUCUUUCCAUUCUUUCUUUCUUUUCUCUUUUUCUUUCUUUCUUUCCACUCUUUCUUUCUUUCUUUCUUUUCUCUGUUUCCACUUUCGUUUCUUUCCACUCUCUCCUUAUUUCUACACUUUCUCAAACUUCUAUUUUGUUGUCUUUUUUUUUUUCUUUUUCUAUCAUUAUGAAGACAUACUCUUCAGCUUUCAUUUCUUCCUCUAUUCUGAACUCGCCUACUCUUCAUUCGGAUAA